AUGUGCCCCAAUGCAAUUCUGUACGGGGCGAGGAUUUCGAAGACAAAAAGCCUGACACACACCGAGGUUGAGAACGUGGUGAGAGCGAUCGGCUGGGCUGUCGACCAAGGAGUGAACAUAAUCACGUUGCCACUCGGUUUCAAUAACUACCAUUUCGAGAUCGAGAACGAAAUAGCAAGAUCUCGUGCCGACGGUAUCCUGAUUUUCUCAGGCGCAUCCAGUUCACAAACUUCAGGAAUAGUAUCCUUCCCGGCAAGAGACUACCAUCACGUCUUCGGAAUAUUCUCCACCAACGCGGGCAACCACGAGUCAAGCGAUUUCAAUCCAAUACCUGGUAGUAGGCCGCAUAGUCUAGCUAUUUUUGGCGAGGGUGUUGAGAUUGCAGAAGACGGACCUCUACUAAACGGGACUUCAUACUCUGCAUCUAUUGCAGCUGGGCUUGCAGCCAUAUUACUCGACUUUUUACGCCAGGAGAAACAUAAAAGGAAUUUGCCCGAUAUUUCGAGACUAGAAGAUAUGAGAGUUAUGAUGAAGUUGUUUUUGGAUAUGUCUUGUGAGAGUAGUGAUGGGAAAUACAAAUGCAUCCAGCCGUGGAACCUUCUAAAUAGGGAGGAAGGCAUGCAUCGGGCGAAGCAGCGUGAAUGGAUCCGAGGAACCAUCGAAAGGCUGUCAAGCAAUAUCUAG